AUGUUUCCAGCCAUGAGAGUGAAAAUUACAGGCUUGGAUCCCCACCAGCAGUAUUACAUUGCCAUGGACAUUGUGCCUGUGGAUAACAAGAGAUACAGGUACGUGUAUCACAGCUCCAAGUGGAUGGUGGCUGGCAACGCUGACUCCCCAGUGCCCCCGAGGGUUUACAUCCACCCUGACUCUCUGGCUUCUGGAGACACCUGGAUGAGGCAGGUGGUCAGUUUUGACAAGCUCAAGCUGACCAACAACGAGCUUGAUGAUCAAGGCCAUAUAAUCUUACAUUCAAUGCACAAGUACCAGCCCCGCGUUCACGUCAUCCGCAAGGAUUUCAGCAGUGAUCUUUCUCCUACAAAGCCAGUUCCUUCAGGAGAUGGGGUGAAAACCUUCAACUUCCCUGAGACUGUCUUCACUACAGUGACAGCCUACCAAAAUCAACAGAUCACCAGGUUGAAAAUUGACAGAAACCCCUUUGCUAAAGGUUUCAGAGAUUCUGGGAGAAACAGGACGGGGCUGGAGGCCAUCAUGGAGACCUACGCCUUCUGGAGGCCCCCCGUGCGCACUCUCACCUUCGAAGACUUCACUACCAUGCAGAAGCAGCAAGGAGGCAGCACAGGCACCUCCCCGACCACCUCCAGCACGGGCACCCCGUCGCCCUCUGCUUCCUCUCACCUUCUCUCUCCGUCCUGCUCCCCUCCAGCCUUUCAUCUGGCCCCCAACACUUUCAACGUCGGCUGCCGGGAGAGAAUCCCGACUCCCUCCUCCCUGCCCAGCAACAGCAAGAUGGAGGCGUACGGCGGCCAGCUGGGAUCCUUCCCCAGCUCCCAGUUUCAGUAUGUCAUGCAAGCGGGCAACCCUGCCUCCACCUCCUCCUCUUCACACAUGUUCGGUGGUGGCCACAUGCAGCAGAGCUCCUACAACGCCUUCUCCCUCCACAAUCCCUACAACCUCUAUGGAUACAAUUUCCCCGCUUCCCCCAGGUUGGCGGCCAGCCCGGAGAAACUCACCACCUCCCAAAGCACUUUACUCUGCUCUUCCCCAUCCGGCGGGGCCUUCGGAGAGAGGCAAUACCUUUCCACAGGGAUGGAUCACGGGAUGCACAUGCUCAGCCCUCCCUCCGGUAACCAGCAGACGGCCAACGCCUGCGACAACAGGCAGUACGGUGCGGUUCAGGGCUCCUCCUCACAGAUGUCCGUGCACAUGGUCUAACAAGCCGUGCCUCUCCUCGGCAUCGAAGGCA